CACCAUUCGAGGGAACAGACUGAGCGCGAGUGCACGGUGUCCCGCUGGCCCUCUGUCUCGGUGGUGUGCUUACUGGCCAACACUACAUCGAAGAUAUCCAUCUGGUGAAUCCUCCGUGCAACGCCCUCCUGCUCAACGGUGGCAAUGGUGAGUGCGCCACGGCCAGGCCAUCUUGAAUUCUCGUCUUGGAGAAGUGACACACAUCUUGGAGGAGUGACACACGACCUGCAGGCGACCCAUCGGGAAGCAAUAUCGUGCACACAGUCAGAUGCUGAUGUCGUGUUCUGCGUGCCUGUCGGUAACGCGUCCGUGACAGGCAUUCCCCACAGGCUGUCCGGCGUGUCCGACUUGUGCAUGUCCUCUGGCCGGAGGGAUAGAUGAGCCGUCCAGAUGGUGGCAGCCGGCUCAACGAUGAUGCCCAGCUGAGAAAGCGUGGCUCCGGCGAUUAGUUGCAUACCUGUGUGAGGAGAACAUCAACACGAGAGCUGGUGUUUCGCACAGACGGUGGGAUUUAAUCAGACGACUGACCGCGCCUGAUGACGGCCAGGCCGUCGUCGACACUCCACUUGGCGACAGUGUUCUCCAGUCGGUAUUGCACCUCACGAUGGGCUGGUGUGCCUACUUCGGCCAGCUGGUGCAACACACACACACCUAAAGUGAGCACCAUAGACACCCCAAGCCUCCUGGAUUUUGUUUGCAUUUCCUGCGCCAUGUCGGUGCGACCCCACCUGCCACUGCCUUUUUGAUCCUCGGUGUGAGGCUUGCGCGAGGUCCCACGAUCAUCGCAGCAUUGACAUCCUACACACCACAACACGGCGUCGCGUCCGUAUGUGGGCGGCAGUGUCGCCUGCACUGUGACUAACCUCGUCCGUCAUUUCUUCGUCGUCCUUGGACACAGGCACUGAUGUGAAGCCCGAGAGAAGCUGUCGAACCCAUGUUGGGGUCGACGGUCCACAGACGGUGGAGCGCUGCGAGACGUGCUGACACACACACACGUACGUGAUGCAGACCCGUGUGUGUUUGUGUGUGUUCGUGAUUGUGCAUUCCUUCCCUCUCACUGCUGACCUUCAGGCGCCCGCGGCCUCAGGAGCUCUGCCUCAGACGCGCAGGCGACUCGCAGGAGAGCUUCCCAGUCGGCAAUGCCCUCGACCUUGUAAUAAGCCACGGAGACUGCACCGGUAGGCUGAACCUCGACGAGGGUACCAUCUGCACACACGAUGAACCAACAUUGACUGAGUGAGGGAGGGGGGGAACACCCAUGGGCCGUCGUCUGUCUGUCUGUCUGUCUGACUUGAAGAAUGAGAGCCCCUUGAAGAGGUCCCCGAUGAGCACGAAGUCCUUGAUGAUGGAGCAGCAGGUGAUGAACGUCAUGCCGUCAUGGAUCACACCGCCAAGCAGCUGACGCUCGCCCACCUCCUAGCAUAGCAACAGCACACAGACAGACAGACAGACAGACAGACAUGGUCAGUCAGAGAGAUAGAUAGACAGACAGAGAGAGAUCCGCCCACACACACCUGCACAAUGAGCCAGCCGGCGUGCAUCACAUACGAGCCGCUGGCCGCCUUGCCACUCACAGGCUCGAACCGCGUCAGCACAGACACCGGACCCUUGUAGCUGCUCUUCAGAUACACACGGAAGCCGUACUGCUCCACACCCGAGGCGCCCUCCGUGCCCGCCGCUAGUGGUGGUGGUGGGUGCGGGGGGAUGACGUCCAUGGCGUCGUCGGAGGGGUUGGGCAGCUGCAGGAGGUAUACCUGGCCAGUCGUGUGGCCUUCCGGCUGGUCGGUGUGAAGCUGCGCGGAGCCCACGGCCAGCAGGGUCUCGCCUGAUUUGAUUCAAGCAAGGCAAGAAAGAACAUUGUGUUUGUGUGGAGUGGAGAGGGUUAUGCAUGUAUGUUUGUGCACUGCACUGCACCAUAGAUGCGGAGGAAGCUGAGGCUGAGCGCCUUCUCCAGAGGGCCGAACUUCCACCAACUGACAGACAACCGAGUCACAAACCCAAACCAACAAAUCCAAGCCGACACAAACACAAAAGGGUCAUCACAUAACCCCCUAGGGCCGCCGGUGUUUCUUCCUUUCCUUCUUCUCGGCACUUACGCGCAGGGUGCAUGCAGCCCGCCAUCCAGCCUGUACAGCCUCACCUCGUGCCUGUCAGUCACCCUCCUCAACCCCACACGAGCCCCAGCCCCAGCCCCCCCGUCAGACUGCAGCAGCAGCAGCCGCUCGUUGAAGGACCCCCUGAGCGACUCGGGCACAUACUCACUGUCUUCAUCCUCCAGGCCCGUCUUGGGCCCAUGGUACGCCACCACUGGCUCCUCGUCAGCCAGCGGGACGGCCACGGCCAGCAUACCCACCGAUGGGUCGCUCAGAGCCAUGUGGCCGCAGGGAGAGCCCAUCAGGACGGGUUGGGGAUGAGUCUCAGUGGCUGCCGAAGGGGCAUCAGGCUGGGGCGGCAAUGGCGGCUCCUCUGUGUCUGUGUGGUCGAUGACGUCCUCGGGGAGAGGAGGAGGGCAGGGGCGUGGGGGGCUGCCCAGGGGCACCUAAUGGAUGGAUGGAAGGAUGGAUGGAUGGCAAGAGAGAGGGAAGAGCGGAGUGUGGGUGUGCAUUGCGUCCGUCCGUGUGUCCGAGCAUGGAUACCUUCAGUUGGGGUAUUGGCUUGGCCAGGUCCCAUUUGGCGAUGUGCUCGACGGCAGAUGAGGGGGCGACAUUGCUGCUGCCGGGUGCGUCACCGUCGUUCCUCUGGGGGAUGUCCAGCUCCUCAACCUACACACACAACAGACACAUAACAUCAUCCAGAGAGAGGGGAAGGAGAGAGCACUGACGUCAAUCAGUAUCCGUGCUGGUUGCAGCCCUCAGUGCACUGAAUGGACGCAGCUUACGUAUUCCAGCCGGAUCAUCGAUGUCGACGACAGACUCAAGAACCUGAACAAACAUACAACAGCAGCAGGCGUGAACGAAGCAGGGACGCGCAACACGCUUACGCAUGGGGAUAGGCCGGCGUCCUGAAGGGUGCACAAACACCUCACUCCGCCUCCCCACCACCCACCACCUCCCUCCGUCCGGGGGGCACCACAAACGCGCCCCUCUCUCCACCCACCGACACGAACGGGACCACCUUUCCUCCGCCAUAGACGCCGAAGGGCACCAGCUCGCCCGUGGAGGCCUGAUGCUGAUAGGAGGGCAUGACGGGCAGCACAAUAGGGUGCAUCAUGAGCUUGAAGCGGUAGGGGAAUGACGGG